UAUUAUUAAUAUUAUUGCGUUUUUUUAUUUUCAUUUCAUAUUUCGUGCGUGUUUCAGACCGUCAGACAGGAGCGCCAAAGACGUGGAGGCCAUUACGUCACGGCUCAGACGGGUUGAUACGCUGAACCGUCUGCCCAACAGCGUACUGCAACAGUUGGCGUUUGUAGGCUACUACGAGGACCUGGAACGCGGCGUUAUGUUGUACAGACAAGGUGAAAUCGGGUCAAGUUGGUACGCCGUAUUGGGUGGAAGUUUAGAAGCAAGACUUACGCACACCACUCAAACUUCAUCAACUAAUACCGACAAGGCCGUUGUCAGUCUGGACGUUGGUGCGACUUUCGGCGAAUCAAUAGUCCAUGACUUGCCCAGAGAUAUGACAGUGUGCACGAAGACUACAUGUGAGCUGCUCAGGAUACACCAGAACGACUUUAAAAAGAUUUGGGACAAACACUCAAAUUUGAUGAAAGACUUAAUCGCUAGCAAUAAACUAAGAAAUGGUAUGGCCAGUGGAAAUCUAUCCAAGUGCCAAUCUCCUCCACCUGUGAUGACUCAAGCGCGCAGAACGAUUACCCCUGAUAAUCCUGAUCCGGCUGAAGUCAUUACGGAGAACCCCAGUAUGCCGAUGGCCAGAGCCGGUUGGGUACUGCGCACGCUGUUGCUCAGUGAUCAGAACACCGUACUCAGGGACCGGAAGACCGGUGGUGGCCGAUCCGUUGUCCGGAGGUGUGCUUCCGGCAGCGAGCUCAUCGACUGGCUGAUGAACCUAGUAUCCACGGACCACGAUUCGUUCAGCAGACACGACGUGAUUGGCAUGUGGCAAGCUCUGCUCGAGGAAGGAGUCAUAUCGCAUGCUACCGGGGAACAUCCGUUUAAAGACAAGUGUCUAUUCUACAAUUUUUGGCAAGACAGAGAAGGUGCUCUAAACACGCCUACCAUACAAGACGUGGCUGAGGCCGAAGAACACCUAGACGAGGCGUUACAGGAACUUGUCCACCGAGGACCAGAUGCACAUUUACGUCUGAUCCUUCGAUCACCGAGCUCAGAGAGGACGCCCGAAGACUUGGAGCUGAUAUUUGAGGAGCUGAGCGAGCAGAAAGCUCUGGCUCACCUACCAAACUCGGUGAAACGGGAACUGGCGUCUGUUGUGGUGUUUGAAGCUCACCCAAAAGCCGGUCAUACACUUUUCCGCCAAGGAGACGACGGCAAAGCGUGGUACGUGAUUAUGCAAGGCGCGGUCAGCGUGGAAACGUACUCCAAAGGCAUCGUAGAAUCGCUGUACGAAGGCGAAGACUUCGGUGGUUUGGCGUUGAUUCACAACGUUCCCAGAUCGGCGACCAUAACGGUCAAAGAAGACAAUACCCAUCUGCUGCGUGUAGACAAAGACAGCUAUAAUAAAAUCGUAAGGGACAUCGAAGCAAAUACCGUCAGGCUGAAAGAACUCGGUAGUGACGUGUUGGUAUUAGAAAAAUCUCCACGAUUACACAAAUACAUGAUUAUUGCCGGAACUCCGCAAAAAAUUCUAGAACAUCUACUAGAGCACAGACUAAGUACCACGAAUGUCGCAGGCUCCAGGAACGACCCGUGUCUAGAUGAUUUCUUAUUAACACACAUAGUGUUUAUGCCUACCAGAACAUUAGUAUCGGAACUCAAUAAAUAUUACCAUAUGGAAAACCCAGCCCAGGACAGAGAGUACACCAUCAACUGUAAAAGAAAAGUAGUACAAUUCGUAUACAGAUGGGUGGUGACCAUAAGGCAUCCGGUGUUUGAUGACGUCGUCUCGAUGUCAUUUCUCGAGGAACUGGCCAGUGACGUGGAAGCCGAUUGUCAACUGUUGGGUGGAAAGAGUCAAGCUCUACAAGAGGAAGCUAGCCUAAUGCACCAUAUUAUGUCUCGGUUGAGACGGUAUCAGGACGAACGAUUAGAAACUUCGGGUCUAAAAUGGAAGUUACCGCCAGGUGGUCAACCCAUUUGUCUAUUUUCAGCAAUAAGCAAUCCGUCAAAAAAUAAUAGGCCGAUCAUCCGACCAAACGAUGACAUAAUAUUUCGAGUGUACUGUGCUGAUCACACGUUUUGCACAUUGCGACUGGCUGUCAACGCCACGGCAGAAACCAUCAAAGUGGGAGCGUACGAAAAAUGCAGUCUCCGACAUCCCGUUCAAGAUCUGAGGAUAGUGGAAGUAAAAUCAAACGGGGAAAGGGUACCGUUCAGGGACAGCGAACACUCCAUACCCACCACUGUGGCACUAAACAGUUGCAUAUUUCUGACGCCAAAAGAUCACAUGGAUGCCUUGACGUGCGUGCCAGAACAAGAAAAAUCUGAAGGAGCAGAAAUAUCGGGUGAUUUUGAUUCACUGAGCACCAAGGAACUGGCGUAUCACAUGACACUUUUUGAUUGGGAAUUGUUUUGGAAUGUCCACGAGUAUGAACUGAUAUACUUAACGUUUGGCAGACAUCGAUUCCAACAAAUCACAGCAAAUUUGGAUAUAUUUCUCAGACGUUUCAACGAAAUCCAAUAUUGGGUUAUUACCGAGAUAUGUACGUCACAAAAUAUAUCAAAAAGAACAAAUAUAUUGAAGAAAAUGAUCAAAUUGGCAACAUACUGUAAAGAGUAUUACAAUUUCAACGCUUUUUUCGCCAUCCUUAUGGGACUAAGCGAUGUGGCUGUCAGUCGGCUGUCGACUACUUGGGACAAGUUGCCGUCCAAGUCACGGAAACAGUUCACUGAAUAUGAGACGCUCAUCGACCCAAGUCGGAACCACAGGGCGUAUAGAAUCACCGUGGGGAAAUUACCUUCUCCCAUGAUACCGUUCAUGCCCCUGCUCAUCAAAGACAUGAAAUUCACCCACGACGGCAACAAAACGCACGUGAACGGUUUGGUCAACUUUGAAAAAAUGCACAUGUUGGCUCAAACCAUGAGGACACUCCGGUACUGCCGAGCCAGGCAUUUGGUCUUGGACCCGCCGGUGUCGAAAAACGAAGCCGACGUGAAAUCGUACGUGAGCUGUUUGAGGUGUGUGAACAACGAACGGACGUUGAUGAGCAUGUCCCAGAAACUAGAGCCCAGGAGAACUUAGACACUCGACUUCUACGACGACGACAUCAUAAUAGGCACACCUAAUAUGAUAUAAUAUAUAUUAUUAUAUUACGAUAAGUACACUGCACAUGCGUCGUAUAUAUUCGAUGAGUAUUGAGUAUUUUAUUCGUGUAUACGCUGCAGUAGGUACAUAUCACAAUGGGAGUUAUAUAAUAUAUAUUAGAAUAUUUUGUUCUAAAUCGUAUAAAUUUAAAACAAUUUUUUUUUAAAUUUUUGUUUUGUGUAAGCUAUCUUAUUAUAUAGGGUUAGUAAGAUUUAUUAUUAUUAUCGAUGCACGAAUCUCCUCUCUCAGACGAUAAUAUUAUUGUUAUGAUUUAAUAAUAUUAUAAUAUAAGUGUCUCUUUUUUCUUUUUUUUACCCAAAUAUUAGACGUGUUUAUACAGGGUAGGGAGAUACGUCACAUUAUUGUUUUGCUUUUCUUUAAAUAUGUUUCUCCGUUCUUUCCCGAAGGUAUCUACGUUUAAUUUAAAUGUAUAUUAUAAUAUUAUAUGAGACAAUCAGAGAACGAUGAUAAUCAUUGACGGAUGAAAUUUAAUAGAUAUGAGACGGUUAUUAUUAUUUAUUAUUUAUUAGACAUUAUUAUUAUAGGUACAUAGGUACUGAUAUAAGUUUUAUUUGCAAAUCGCGAUAAGAAAAUCUUUUUGAUUAUAAUAUUAUUAUCAAAUUAAUAUGAUAUUACUUUAAUAAAUUACGUAUCACGGAAACACCAUAGGUUCUUAGAGCUUGAUAAACAUAUAGAAAUAUAUUAUUUUAGAUAUAUACGAAUAGAGUGUGACAACAUUCAGUACGAAUUACUGCCGUGUCGAGAGUUCUUGACUUUAUAAUAUUAUUUUCUAAAAAGUAACAACAAUAAUGAUUUUUAUAAGAAACAAAUGUAAACCAACAUUACACAUUAUAUUAUUUUAGACGACGGAUAAUAUAAUACUAUUAUUAUAGCAUGUUAUGUCUAAUGAAUCAUUAGUUUUUUUUUCAUCGGCACCGCUGUUAAACUGAUUAUUUUCAUACUCUAAAUAUUAUAAAUAUAAAUUUGACUAUAAUAAUACAUAUUAUAUAGGCAUCUAUAAAUAUUGUAAGCAUCGACUUUAUGUACACUUAUUCUUAUCAUUAAGAUCUAGUCUAUUUUAAAUUUUAUGUAGUAUACUUUUUUUGACUACAGAUAUUUUUUGUGAUAAUAAUAUUAUGGGUCCAUUUUUCCAACUUACAAAUAUCUUCCGAUCAUUGUUUGUUUGUUUGAUCAUUUUUAUGUGUUUCUCAAACGGCGUUUGUAUUUUAAUAGUUGUUAUAGUGAUUUAUAUAUUGUAAGUAAUUAUAUUAUAUGAGAUGAACUCAAAGACAUUGUAUUGUUUAUAAAUCUAAAAUUAAGCUCGUUUAUUAUUAUUAUUAUUAUAGCUACAUAGGUAUUAUACAGACAUACAGUAGGUAGUAUAAUUCAUAGUUGGAAACAAUAUUUCAUCACAAACCAAGAAUUUGUUAUUUUAUAGGCAUUUCUGUUUGUUUUUUUCUAUUGGUACCUACUUGCUAAUAUUCUGUAUUAUUGAUUACUCUUUGACACUUUAUAAUAAGCAUUCUUGUAACGUUCUUAUUUCUAUCCAAAUUGUUUUGAGAAACAUUAAUUAUUGAUACAGCUACAUCAUUGUUAGGCUAACCAUCACUUUUUGCCUUCAACAUUUUGCAUUAAAUUAUAGUUGUAUAUCUUCGUAUAAUAUACUACUAAAGUAUGGAAUUUUUUUACAAUUAUUAUUAACUAUUUUUUUAGAUAUUGUGUUAUUUAAACUUAAAAUUUGUUCCAUAUUUCUUUAUAAUUUAUAUUAUAUAAUUUGUGUUAAAAUGUAAACGAUAUAUAUGU